GUGUUCUGUACUGUAAAGAGACACACAUGGUUAACCCUCGGCGCGCAUGCGCAGAGAGGGUUAUUGGCGAGCGGGCGGGAGAAAGCCAACCUAGUGGUCCAAACGGCGCGAUUUUCCUUACGUUCGUCCGCGCGUCGUGCUAUUGCGCAUGUGUCAUAAUUACGCGCUUCUUUGAGAUGCCGAUGCCAUUUAUCGAUAUGGUGGCGGCUCGGGUCUUAUACACUACGCUGGAUUUAGGUGCAAUGGCAUGGAGACGCAGCUUUCGCUCUGCCCGGCUGACCAAAGAAGAAACUCGAGUACCACACAAAUCACAAACUGCCAACACCUAGAAGAUGCAGGAGUGCGAUGCACUAAUGUUCCCUGCACUGAAAAUGCUGUUAGACUGAAUGAGGAGAUAGUGCAGGUGUGUCAUGAUCAGCAGUGGGGCCUAUUGUGUGCCCCGAGGGGUAGCUGGGAUCAAAAUGCUGUGCAAGUGAUGUGCACUCAAGCUGGAAGGCCAUCCACAUGUUUCUUAUAUAUAGUGGGUCGCCUGGAAGUGUGUGCUAACGGCACGUGGGGAACUGUCUGUGGCAAUGCAGCAACCAUUGCUUUGGUGAGGGUAGCAUGCAGACAGCUGAACCAUGCCCCAGGAGCAUCAUAUGCCCUGCUGAGUUUUGGAGCCGGCCAAUCGUCCACCAUUCACCUGGAUGAUGUUCACUGUAUUGGAUCUGAGGAGAGAAUCACUGAGUGUAGCCACAGUAGAAUAGGGAUCCACAAUUGCCGUGCGGGCACUGAAGAAGCUGGAGUCAUAUGCACAAUUCUAAUUGCUCAGGGAGACAGCGUCUGUAGCCAUAGUGGAAUAGGGAUCCACAAUUGCCGUUUGGGCAUUGAAAAAGCUGGAGUCAUAUGCACAAACACAACAUGUGAGGAUGGGACAGUCCACCUGGUGGGAGGAGACGAUGUGUCCAGAGGGAGAGUUGAGUACUGCUAUCAGGGAGCCUGGUACUCUGUGUGUGCCAGUGACUGGGAUGAGAGUGGGCUGGAGGCACAUGUCAUCUGCAGAAGUCUGGGCCAUCAAUUU